ACUUGAAGGAGGAGCUGUUAAAGAGAUGAACCAUAUCUUGACAGUACUUUAUGUAGAAAAAAUACAAAUCUAAAAACGUGUUUAAAACACAAAAACCAAAAGUCUUUACAAUAAUGUCCUUGACAUCAGAAUCCUUCUUUCAAAAGGAAUUUGGAUCAAAAGACCUUGACAACGGGUCUCAGUCUCAUUUAUAGUUUGAUGAAAAUGUAGAUUUAGAAGCUUGUUGUUCAAAGCUGUGAACAAACAUGAGGAAGUAGAAAAAAACCUGAAGUGACUUGAAGGAGGAAAUACUAACCACAGGAAAUUGAUGUAUUUCUGUCCAGAGUGUUGUUGGCUUCAGCCUCUGACAGAAAAGACUGAGACAAGAAGAGACAGAGAAGAGCAGAGGAGAGAACAAUGUUUGACUUCACAUCACUUCACUUCCCUCUGUUUCUGACAUGGAUGCUCACAUUUACAGACGCUCAAACAUUCAGACAGAAGACUGUUGGAGUUGGAGAUGAAGUCACUUUGAAAUGUGAAAAUGGAAAUGAUUUCAAUGAUGGAUGUUCCAGAAUCACCUGGCUGUACACUAAUUCAGGAAAAACAUUUUCCCCGUUUGAACACGGGAAGAUUCACAAAGAUGUUGGAUCUAAAUCAGACAGACUGAGUCUUACAGAGAAAUGUUCUCUGGUGAUAAAGAAGAUCACAGAUGAAGAUGCUGGAAUUUACAACUGCAGACAGUUCAACACAUCAGGACACAUGGUGACCGAGUUUCAGGUUGGACUGAACGUUAUAAAGAAAAAUGAUGUCAGAUCAACUAGAAAAACACUUAAACCAACAUCCAAACCAUCUUCUGCAUCAACAUCUGCAGAUGAAUCCACAACAACCGCAGAAUCCAUUCAGUCUACAUCCAAACCAUCAGCUGCAACAGAUCAUCUCUCUAAAACAGGUGUUUGGUGGAGGAUCAUCUAUGUUCCUGUGGGUUUAGCAACACUCUCAGUCAUCACUGCAUCAGUCUGCAUAUGGACCAGAACACAAGGAGCAGAAUGAUGAAUUGAAGACCUGCCUGCUUCUCCUUGACUCCAUUGAUGACCACAUUUUAAAGUUAUCUUCUACUUUUACCACCAAAUGAUGGAAGACCAGCUUUAGAUCAUGACAGAAAUCAUUUCAGAGGAGAAAUUGUUUUUAAAUUCUUUUUUCUAAAGAAACUUAAGUCAAUAUUUUCAGACUUUCUUUAAAAUAAGCGGGACAUCAUUUCUACGUGAUUAUUUCAUGUUGAUUUUUACUCAACAUGAAAUAAGUCAGUUCAGAAAUCUCUGACUCACCUAAAAAGAGAGAAAUUAUCAUCUCAAUCUGUACAGAGAGUUACAAUAUUUCAAACAAACAGUAAAGAAUGUGGAUUAUUUUUUAAUUCUUCAAUCUGUAUGAUUUAAUUUCCCACUUUAGUGCUUCUUGAUCCUUUAAAGAAUUACACUGACCAAAAAUA